AUGGCCGAGGUGACCACGGUCCCCGCUGAGACGCCGGAUCCCUUUAACGAGUUCGGGGACUACCACAACUGGACCCAACUGCUCCAAUACCUAAACUACACCUUCACCUUCUGCGACACCCAUCUGGACGAGAACAUCAAGCGGGUGAUGCUCUUCAUCCUCUACUUGGUCAUCUUCGUGGUGGGGCUGGUGGAAAACAUUCUCGUCAUCUGGGUCAACUGGCACACCUGGGGCAACAAAAACCUGCUCAACCUCUAUAUCCUCAACAUGGCCAUCGCCGACUUAGGGGUGCUGUUAUCCCUGCCCAUCUGGAUGUUGGAGGCCAUGCUCGACUACACCUGGCUCUGGGGCAGCUUCCUGUGCCGCUUCACCCACUACUUCUACUUCGCCAACAUGUACAGCAGUAUCUUCUUCCUGAGCUGCCUCAGCGUGGACCGCUACGUCUCCUUGACAACUGCAUCCCACUUCUGGCACCAGCAUCAGCACCGGGCACGCCGCCUCCUCUGCUUCGGCAUCUGGGUCUUUGCCGCCCUCCUCCCCUUCCUGGAGGUGGCCCACACACAGCUGGUGGACUCAGUGGAGCCCAUGUGCAUCUUCCUGGCCCCCUUCGAGACCUAUGAUGAGUGGGCCCUGGGCAUCAGCUUAGCCACCACCAUCAUUGGGUUCCUCAUCCCCUUCUCCAUCAUCGCUGUCUUUAACAUACUGACGGCCAGGUACAUCAAGCACUCCAAGCCGGAAAGCAGGAAGCACUGCCUCCUGAUCUAUGCCUACAUCGUCGUGUUCCUAGUAUGCUGGCUGCCCUACCACGUCACAUUGACCCUCCUGACCCUCGAUGGUAGCCACUUCAUUUACAGCUGCAACGUUGCCAACUUCCUCUACUUCUUCUACGACAUCAUAGACUGUUUCAGCAUGUUCCAUUGCGUGGCCAACCCCAUCCUCUACAACUUCCUGAGCCAGAACUUCCGCGGCAAACUCAUCUCGGCUGUGGUGAAGUACAUCCCCAAAGACCAAAUCAACCAGAAAGGCGGGGACAAUUCCUCUUCCAGCACCCAGCACUCCAUAGUCAUUACCAAAGACAACAUCCCACCUAAUUAA